AGCUGCAGGAGCGCGGCUCCCCUCCUCCUGGUCCCGGAUCAGAGCCCAGCAGCAGCCGCUAUAAAGUGUGGAUCAGCGGAAGCAGCUCAGUGCGGAGCCCCGAGGCAGAGCGCGACCCGCAGCCGGAGGAGAGGCACCGCAGCCCGGACACACAGCACACGCCGCUCCGCUGCGUCCCGAGUCAGAGGAGUGACGCUGCCGCCCUGCAGGAGCAAGAUGACUGACAAAACCCGGGUCUCCAAGGCAACCAGCUUGUCACCGGGGCACGGUUCCCAUGGCAAUGAGCCUCCUGCCUUCAUCCUGCCUCCACGUAACGCCCGGGUCAGCCUGGGGGGCGUGGCCCGCCUUGAGGGGAAGGUUCGGGGCGACCCGGAGCCCCAGGUCACAUGGUACAGGGACGGCCGGGCUGUGAUUGGUGGAGAGCGCUGUGCCGUGGAGCAAGGCGGGCGUGGAACCUUCAGCCUGGUGGUGGGCGGAGUCACGGAGGAAGAUUUAGGCAGUUACACCUGUCAGGCAGCCAAUCAGGCAGGCAGCCGCCAGGUUACCGUGGAGAUCCUGCUGGAAGAGAACUCUGGGAAGAAAUAUGGCCUCCCGUCCUCCAUGAAACCAGGGGGUUGGCGUGCGGUCCCGGCAGUGGACGGCAGGCCCAGCAUCUGGGGCGAGAGCCCCCCGAGGUUCAUCACCAAGCCCAGCAGGGUGUUCUCCAGGCCGGGACAGACCUCCAAGUUCUCCGUCAAGACCACAGGACGGCCUCAGCCCUGCAUCACCUGGCUCAGGGGGGAGGCGGAGCUUCAGUCCAGUGGGCGGGUCAGUAUGUACGAGCGCUCUGGCCUGCACUUCUUGGAAAUACAGGAAGUGUGCCUGGAUGAUGCAGGAAGUUACACGUGCUCGGUCACCAACUGCGCCGGCACAGCAACCGCCACCGCCGAGCUCAUCGUCCAGGGCGCUCCGGCCGGCUCAGACAGCGGGACCCUGCAGCCCAGCGCUGGCCGUAGCCUGUCAGAGAAGCAGGAGGAUGCCGGGCCUGGGCCUGCAGCGAGCUGGAAGAGCAAACCCCCCGUCCAGCUCCCCCUGCAGGCUGGGAGGAGAACUGCAGCCGCCACACCACCCCCUGCUGGCGUUGAUCAGGUGCAGUCAGUGAGUCCGUCUGUCCCUGUGCAGACAGACAGCUGCAGAGCCAUCAGGCAGCCAGGGCCAGGGCCCAGCCUGCGGGGCCGGGCCCCUCCUGUGGACCGGCACGUCACCUGCCCAGGUGCGGCUCGGCGGGCCCCGCUGUUCGUCGGGCCCCUCCGAGGCUGCUGGGUAACGGAGGGACAGGAAGUGACGCUGUUCUGCUCGGUGGAGGGAAACCCGACGCCGUCUGUCCACUGGCUGUUGGGAGGACGUCCUGUUCCAGCCGGCGCUCUGUGCUCCUAUGAAGGGGGCGUGGCCAAGCUGACCAUCCAGAAUGCAGUGCAGCGCGACGAGGGCGUGUACGUGUGUGUGGCGGAGAGCAGCGAGGGCCGAGCGGAGUGCAGCGCCCGGGUCCAGGUCAAAGGCAGGAAGCUGGGCCGCAGGUCAGAGGUCACAGAGGUCAGAGGUGUGUGUGCAGCUCCGGUCUUCACCAGCAGACUGAGCGACCUGCAGGUGAUGGACGGCAGUCAGGUGACCAUGACGGUGGAGCUCACAGGUCACCCGCCUCCUCAGGUGCUGUGGCUGCACGACGGACAGGAAGUGGCCGAGUCGGAGGACUUCCACCUGCACAGGAAGCAGAACGUGUGCACGCUGCUGAUCCAGGAAGUGUUCCCCGAGGACACGGGAACCUACACCUGCCACGCCUGGAACCCCCACGGAGAGGACCGCACCGAGGCCCGGCUGACCGUGCAGGAGCCUCAGGACGGCGUGCAGCCCUGGUUCAUCACCCGGCCGAAGGCGGCGUGCGCUGUGGCCGGGCAGCACGUCCUGCUGUCCUGCGCCAUCGCCGGCGAGCCGUUCCCUCAGUUCAGCUGGAGCCGGGCGGGGCGGCGGCGACCUCUGACCUCCGCGGGAGAGUUCCAGCUGCUGCAGAAGGACGACGUGGUGUCGCUGCUCAUCAGGAGGGUCCAGAGGCAUCACGCUGGGGACUACGUGAUCAGCCUGAGGAAUAAGGUUGGGGAGUGCAGUUGUGUUGUCAGUCUGUCCGUCACUGAUGGAGGAGCCGUGGACAGCAGCUCGACAGGAGGAGGAGGAGGAGGAGGAGGAGGAGGAGGAGCAGUGGCCGGUGGUCCUGCGGCGCUGAGAGGAGGUGCCAGAGGAGAAGGAGGCGGCGUGGAGGAUAGACGCAGCAGCAGCAGCAGCAGCAGAGUGAGUCGGCAGUGGCAGGAGGCCAACGAGGAGACGCAGGAGGACGAGGGGCAGCGGCGAGGAGGAGCACCGAACCUGCAGCUCCUUGGCGCAGAGAAGAAGAAGAAGCAGCAAAAGCAGCAGGAGGCACAGGAGGAGGAGGAGGAGGACGCCGCUCCUGCUCGGGGCCUCCUGAAGCGUUGUGUGGAGACCCGGGAGCGUGGUGAAGAGGAGCUGCGGCAGCGGGAGGCGCAGCAGCUCGACUUCCGCUCCUUGCUGGGACGCCGCGCCGGCAGCCAGAGACAAUCAGACGAGGACCUGAGGGAGGCCGGCCUCGCAGCCCCCGCCGCCUGGGACCGCCAGAUGGAUUUUAAGGCAAACCUGAAGGGUGUCGGCGUCAAGCCCAAGUCCCUGUCGGAGGAGGAGCGCAAGGUGAACUCCCCUCAGCAGGUCGACUUCCGCGCCGUCCUGGGGAAGAAGGGCGGCGCUGCAAACAGCAACAAACCCGCCGCCGCCGACCCGCCCGCCAAGAACGCCGGCGGCAGCAACGACUUUCGCUCCGUUCUGGCCAACAAGAAGAAACAGGCGACCCCAGAGAAGAACGGUGAGAACGGCGGCGCCAAAACCACCGAGAAGGACGGCGGUAAGACAACAGUCAACAACUGCGUGGAUGGAGGGAUUAAUGAGAAGAAAAGCAGCGGUGGAGGAGGAGGAGGAGGAGGAGGAGGAGGAGGAGGAGCAGCGGGGAAGGAGCUGCAGUUCAUGGAGAAGCUGAGCAAUGUGACGGUGCUGGACGGGCAGCGGCUGCGGCUGCAGUGCCGCCUGGCGAGCAGCGACGCACGGGACGUCACCGUGACCUGGACUCUGGACGGCAAGGUCGUCAAACCCUCCAAGUUCAUCGUGCUCGCCAAUGAAGGAGGCCUGCUCUCCCUCACCAUAGACAAAGCUCUCCCAGAGGACGAGGGCGAGUACAGGUGCAGGGCGGAGAGCUCAGCAGGCCGAGCCGAGUGCUCCUGCAUGGUGCUGGUGGAUGACCCGACAGAGAACUCUCCAGCUGACAAGAAGUCGAAGAAGGCGACUCCGACCUCAGAGAGUGAGGCCAGAAUAAAGAAGCCGACAGCCAAGACUCCUCCAAAACAGGCCCUGCCCCCUCAGAUUCUGCAGUUCCCAGAGGACAUGAAGAUCCUGGCGGGCGAGAAGGUGGAGAUCGUCUGCAGGUUCUCCGGGGCUCCGCCCAUCACCUGCACCUGGCUCAAGUUCAGGAAGCCGAUCCAGGAGGGCAGCGGUGACAUCAGCAUCAGCGGUGGCGAGGGCAGCAGUCAGCUGACCAUCGGCAGCGGGCAGCAGGAGCACUGUGGCUGCUACACGGUGGAGCUGAGGAACGCCUACGGCCUCCGCCAGGCCGCACUCAACCUCACCAUCGUCGACAAACCCGACCCCCCCGCCAAGGUUCCUGCGGCGUCGGACAUCCGGCGGUCCAGCCUGACGCUGUCGUGGUACGGCCCGACCUACGACGGAGGCAGCGCCGUGCAGUCCUACAACCUGGAGAUCUGGGACUCUGUGGAGAAGGAGUGGAAACACCUGGUCUCCUGCAACAGCACCUCCUACAACGUACAGAACCUUCUCCCAGAGCGUCAGUAUAAGUUCCGUGUCCGAGCAGUGAACAUCUACGGAGUGGGAGAACCAAGCGCCGAGUCUGAGCCCGUCACUGUGGGACUGGCGGAGGACGACGAAAACCAUGAGGAGGAGGCAGAGGAGGAGGAUGAUGACUUAGAGAAGGAGCCGGACUACCGGGACGUGACAAUCAGGACGGACAUGAAGGUGAAGGAGCUGUACGACGUGGAGGAGAGGCUGGGAACGGGGAAGUUUGGUCAGGUGUUCAAGUUGGUGGAAAAGUCCACCAAGAAGGUUUGGGCAGGAAAGUUCAUCAAGGCAUACUCGGCCAAGGAGAAAGAGAACGUUCGGCAGGAGAUCGGCAUCAUGAACAGCCUGCACCACCCCAAACUGGUCCAGUGUAUUGACGCCUUCGAGGGCAAGUCAGACAUCGUCAUGGUCCUGGAGAUGAUCUCUGGUGGCGAGCUGUUUGAGCGGAUCAUUGACGAGGACUUUGAGCUGACGGAGAGGGAGGUGAUCAAGUACAUGCUGCAGAUCGUCGAUGGCGUCAGCUUCAUCCACAAGCAGGGCAUCGUCCACCUGGACCUCAAACCAGAGAACAUCAUGUGUGUGAACAAGACUGGCAGCAAAAUCAAACUCAUCGACUUCGGCCUCGCCAGACGACUAGAAAAUGCAGGAACACUGAAGGUUUUGUUUGGGACUCCGGAGUUUGUGGCUCCAGAGGUGAUAAACUACGAGGCCAUCAGCUACCCGACCGACAUGUGGAGUAUAGGAGUCAUCUGCUACAUCCUGGUGAGCGGUCUCUCUCCCUUCAUGGGCGAUAAUGAUAAUGAGACUCUUUCCAACGUCACCUCAGCCACCUGGGACUUUGAGGACGAAGCCUUCGAUGAAAUCUCCGACAAUGCCAAGGACUUCAUCACCAAUCUGCUGAAGAAGGACAUGAAGGCCCGGCUGACCUGUGCUCAGUGUUUUGAACACACCUGGCUGAAGCAGGACACCAACACCAUGAAGGCCAAGAAACUUUCCAAAGAGAGGAUGAAGAAGUACAUCCUGAGGAGGAAGUGGCAGAAAACGGGCCACGCCGUGCGAGCCAUCGGCCGGCUGUCGUCCAUGGCCAUGCUGGCUGGAGUCAGCGCCAAGAAGGGCUCGCCUACCGAAGAGGAUAACCAGUUCCUGGAGUGUUUGGAAUACGAACAGAAGACCGAGUGCAAGCCGUCCUUCAGCUCUGUCAUCAAAGACGUGGAGGUGGUGGAGGGCAGCGCCGCCCGCUUUGACUGCAAGAUAGAGGGUUACCCGGACCCGGAGGUGGUUUGGUACAAAGACGACCAGCCGAUCAAAGAGACGCGACACUUCCAGAUCGACUACGACGAGGACGGGAACUGCAGCCUUGUCAUUUCUGAGGUUUCAGGCGACGAUGAUGCCAAAUACACGGUGAAGGCCGUCAACAGUCUGGGCGAAGCGACCUGCACCGCUGAGCUGCUGGUGGAGGUGAUGGCUGGAGAGGAAGAGGAGGAAGAGGAGGAGGAGGAGGAGGAGGAGUAGGAGUAAGCAGCGUCCGUCUGGACUCCACAGCAGGAGGAGGUCGGGUGUUGAACCCUCUCAGGAAACCGGACUGAAGCGGUUCAGCAUCCUGUCAGUUUGUUCUGAUCAAAGAUGGUGGAUAAACACAAAGAUGGUGCCCUCGGUUGUUAGAGCCUGGCAGCCUGUCCUGCCUGCUGUGCCCUUCAGCUCCCCCUACAGUUUGUUCAGCAUGACAACAGCAGCUGUUUCCCUCCAGCAGCACUGCUGCAGGUGCAGCCACACGCAGACGACACUCACCUUUACCUGUCCUGCUGUCUGACUGCACUCUGAGGGCCUCACUAACAUCAAGAUUGUUACCAUAGCAACAGGCCUACACAGUCCUCAAAUGAAUUUAUUUUUCUCAUUAUUGAUUAUUAUUGUUUCUCAUUAUUCAUCACAACAGCAUGAUUUUUUUUCUCAGUAUAAGGACACUUUUAGCUUUUAUAAAAUCCUGCUUGGAUCAGCCUCAGAUGUUGCAAACAGCAAAUUAUCCACAGUUUCUCCAUCCUGAUUCAGGACAGUCAGAGCAGCACCAUCUCUAUAUUUAAUCCACUAUCUUUUCCAGGUGUGCCAGGUGGGUGGGGCUUCUCACACCAGAACCCUUCUCAUUGGAUCAGGUGAAGUUGGCGAUCAAUGAAAGCAAAACACAAAUAAUUUUUAAAGCUCCGUCCCAGUUCCUCUGCAUGUUCAGAGUUUCCUCUCCAGAACGUUCCUCUGAUCUCCUCCCAAAGUGAGCAGUGGGAUUUCAGAGCUG